CUUCACUUCACUUCACCCAUCAAUAGCAAAAUGACCAAGUUCACAAUCCUCCUCAUCUCUCUUCUCUUCUGCAUCGCCCACACUUGCAGCGCCUCCAAAUGGCAGCACCAGCAAGAUAGCUGCCGCAAGCAGCUCCAGGGGGUGAACCUCACGCCCUGCGAGAAGCACAUCAUGGAGAAGAUCCAAGGCCGCGGCGAUGACGAUGAUGAUGAUGACGACGACAAUCACAUUCUCAGGACCAUGCGGGGAAGAAUCAACUACAUAAGGAGGAACGAAGGAAAAGACGAAGACGAAGAAGAAGAAGGACACAUGCAGAAGUGCUGCACAGAAAUGAGCGAGCUGAGAAGCCCCAAAUGCCAGUGCAAAGCGCUGCAGAAGAUAAUGAAGAACCAGAGCGAGGAACUGGAGGAGAAGCAGAAGAAGAAAAUGGAGAAGGAGCUCAUUAACUUGGCUACUAUGUGCAGGUUUGGACCCAUGAUCCAGUGCGACUUGUCCUCCGAUGACUAAGAAGUUAAAAGCAAUGUUGUCACUUGUACGUACUAACACAUGAUGUGAUAGUUUAUGCUAGCUAGCUAUAACAUAAGCUGUCUCUGAGUGUGUUGUAUAUUAAUAAAGAUCAUCACUGGUGAAUGGUGAUCGUGUACGUACCCUACUUAGUAGGCAAUGGAAGCACUUAGAGUGUGCUUUGUGCAUGGCCUUGCCUCUGUUUUGAGACUUUUGUAAUGUUUUCGAGUUUAAAUCUUUGCCUUUGCGAAUAUCGUUCGUUUUGCUCUUCAA